AUGUCUCUUCUGGAUCCAUCCAUGGAAGACUUACCGGUGUAUAUCACGGCUGAUAUUCUCUCAAGACUUCCAGUCAAAACGAUCAUCCAUUGCAAAUGUGUAUGCAAGAAGUGGCUGGAUCUCGUUUCAGACUCUUACUUUGCCAAUCUUCAUCUCCAGAGGUCACCUUCAAGCCUCAUGAUUCAUCAUAAUCCUGAAAAGGAAAUCGCCAUUUACUAUAGAACAGGUAUUUUGAAGUGGCUGGAGGUUGAAGACGAACUCCAUCACCACCAUUUACACCAUGACCCAGUCAUGAGCCUCGACCUUAAUCUCGCACCCAUUUUCCAAGAAUCUCAAAUACACCCCGUAGGUUCAGUCGAUGGUUUGCUCUGUCUAUGGCAAUUUGGUACUGAAAACGACAACACUUACAUAUGCAAUCCAAUCACCAGAGAAUACAUGAUCCUCCCAAAUCAACAAUCCCAUAGAGAAUAUUUUGCAAUAGUUAUGUGUUGUUUCGGAGUCGGGUCACUGAAAAACGAAUACAAAGUGAUACGGAUCUUUCAAGGAGAUAUACCCACAAACCCUAAUUCAUCAUCACCUCCGAUUCUUCUAGAAGGUGAGAUUUACACCAUUGGCACAGGCCUAUGGAGAAAUCUUAGUAUUAUCCCUUAUUGGAUUAGUAACUUCAAUGGGAUAUUCUUAAAUGGACAUGCUCAUUGGAUUGUUAUCGAUCAGGAUUCGCCUGAAAAGCUUUGUGCUUUUGAUUUUGACAAGGAGACGUUCGAGUUGUUCCCAUCUCCUCCUGUUGAAAUUGUGGAAGAAAGUCGUAUCCAUUUCUACAGUUUGGCUGUUCUUAAAGGUUGUUUAUGUCAAUCGGAUACCUUCGAUUCUCAAUUCACGAUUUGGGUGAUGAAGGAAUAUGGGAUCAAGAAAUCUUGGCGAAAAGAGGUCAUUAUCAGGCAAAGCAUUAGCCCGGAUCUUGAUUGGUUGAUGAGGGAACCUGUUUAUGUGAUUGGGGGUUUGAACGAUGGAACGAUUUUGAUGGUGUAUGAUGAAGAAAAACUGCUGGAAUAUUCUCCUCUCACAAGAACAAUUGAUGAUACUGAAAUAUUCCAUCCAUAUUUUACUGGAAUCGCUUAUCGACCCAGCUUUCUUAAACUCCAGAACUUCAAAAUAGAGAGAGUUCGUGUGUUCUAA